AUGUCCUCUGUCGCCGCUCCCCCACCAGUCAACGCCGUGCCUACCACAAACGGCGUGACGAGCGAAGCAACUGCAGCUACCACCAACAACGCUGGGACUGCAGCUGGCGCGACCACCCCCGCGGCUGCCCCUGCUGCUGACAGCAAGCCUACCCCAGCCAGCCCCGAGGAGACGGGACACAAGGUGUUUGCCGGCAACCUCGCCUAUGCCACCACCGACGAAGGUCUCAAAAAGUUCUUCGAAUCAUUCUCCAAUGAUAUAGUAUCUUCCGAGGUCAUCCAUCGUGGAUCCCGCCCAGCUGGUUAUGGGUUUGUCACGUUCAAGACACUCGGGGCAGCUGAGAAGGCUGUCACAGAUCUCAACGACAAGGAACUUGAAGGUCGCCCUAUUAUUGUACAACUCGCCAAGCCUGCCUCAGAGAAAGAAAAGGAGAGGAACGAGCGCAGGUCCAAGCGACGUGCCACCGGUCGCCGCAAUGCGCGCGCUCCGCCUGGUGAGGUAACCGAGGCCGAGGCAGAAGGCCAAGCUGAGGAAUCAAAGCCCGGUCUUGUCGAAAAGGCUGAAAAUGCGGUUGAAGGAGCUGCUGCCGCCGUGGGCGAUGCUCUCAAGCCCAAGAAGAAGAAGAAGUGGGGUCGCAAGGGCAAGGGCAAAAAGGGACCAACUACAUCUAGCGAUGCUGUCGCCGAAGGUGAACAAACCACUGAAACCCCAGCUGGUGAACCAUCCGCCGCUGGAGCUGAUGCCGUUAACGGAGCUGCCGACUCUGCCCCCAAGGCAACCAAGAAGCCUAGGACACCCAGGGCCCCACGCCCUCCGCGCCCCGCAGGUGAACAACCAGAAGGCCAGCCAAGUAAGAACAUGCUGUUUGUGGCCAAUCUUGCCUUUUCGGUCGACGACGCUCGCUUGAAGCAGAUCUUCACGGAUGCCGGUAUCAAUGUUGUAUCCGCUCGAGUCGUUACGCGUCGUUGGGGAGCUCGUCGUUCGAAAGGUUUUGGGUUUGUUGAUGUCGGCAACGAGGAGGAACAGAAAAAGGCGCUUGCCCAUUUCGCGCCUGUUGAGUCUGGGGAUGGGUCGGCUCCUGCUGGCGGAAAGGAAAUCGACGGUCGCCAGAUUGCUGUCAAGGUUGCAGUCGACGCACCAAAGAGGGAGGCUGGUGAGACGGACGCGGAUGCCGCUGCUAACUCUGCGGAGAAGAAUGACACCACUCCUGAGACCACUGUCGUCGCGCACUGA